UCGGGUUUCUGCUGAUCUUGCAGGGUCCAGAAAUGGACCGCGCCGCCGCUCUGCCGUUGCUACCGCCGCGGCUGCUGUCACUACCGCAAUAGUCCCGCUCGACUCCGAGGCUUCCCAAACCCCAGGUGUCCAGCGGAGCUUCCUGGAGGACUAAGCUAGCGAGAGGCGGGGUGGAGGUGCUUGGAGUAGCUAUGUAGAUCCCGGGCGGCUCUCUCCUGCCGCCCACAGCCUGGAUCCAUCCCUCUAGAAGCGAAGCAGAGACUCCUGGAGUGCCAGAGAGAGCGAUUUUUUUUUUUUAAAUUUGAAUUUUAUUUUAAUUCUAGGGAUUUUUGUAGAGGUACCCCUCCGCCCCACUCCCCUCCCCCUCCCACCCCUUUCCCUCUCCAGCAACCCUAGUAACUUGGAACUGGAGAGGGGUCUUCCUAUCUUUCUUCCUUUCUGUAUAGUCUUUCGAGUUGUUAGAAAUGGGGGUGGGUAUAAAUAUUUCGGCAGCAGCGGCCCUAUAGAGCGAUCUCGGCAAGGAGAGGAGCGCAGGAGGAGAGAGCUGGAGGCUGAGUUUGUCACUGCGCCUUUUGGAUGCUGCUGUUGCUACCGCCGCCGCCAAGGAGACUUGCCGCAUUCCAACAGGAACUCUUCUCCCGACUCAACAUCGCCACUGACGCCUGCCCAGACACCCCUCCAGCAUCCAUCGAUCGCCCUGGUGGGAGCUUAAAAAGCAGCAGAAGAGGGGUAGGAGGGAGGAUAGACCAGAGAAAGAGGGAGAAAUGGAAGGCAGGGGAGUCUGCUGAGCUGACACUGCACCCAGUCCUGUUUUUAUGACGAUUUAGGGCGGGGGUAAAAGGGUGACCCCCUCCCCCAAAUGCAAUGUCGAAGUUUGCCAGAACAGCAUUACCUUGAGAGGAAAGAAAAACAACACCCCCCUCCCCACAGCAGAACAGGAGCCACGUGCUGCUGGAAAGGGGGAUUCCAAUUUGGGAAAAAAUUAGGUGGGGGUGAGAGUAGAUCGAUAGAGCCCAGAUUCGUUUCCUUCCUACCUUUGGGCUAUUCUCCCUAAGGGGUGGAGGAUUCAAACACUCUAGGUGGGGGGUGGGGGGCAUUUGGUUACCCUCUCCCCCCCCUCCUUCCAACAACUUCACCACCCCAGUCCACCCUCUCUGCUCCACACCCUUCCACCCAGCUUAGACCAUGACGGUGAUGUCCGGAGAGAACGUGGAGGAGGCUUCUGCCGCCCAGGGCCAUCCCCAAGACAUCAGCUAUCCCAGGCCAGCAGACCAUGACGACCAUGACUGCUGUGAAAGGGUGGUGAUCAACAUCUCUGGGCUGCGUUUUGAGACACAACUUAAGACCCUGGCACAGUUCCCCAACACACUGUUGGGGAAUCCCAAGAAACGCAUGCGCUACUUCGACCCCCUGAGAAAUGAGUAUUUUUUUGACCGCAACAGGCCCAGCUUUGAUGCCAUCCUCUAUUAUUACCAGUCUGGAGGGCGCCUGCGUAGACCUGUCAAUGUGCCCCUGGACAUGUUCUCUGAGGAGAUCAAGUUUUAUGAGUUGGGUGAGGAGGCCAUGGAGAAGUUCCGAGAGGAUGAAGGUUUCAUCAAGGAGGAAGAGCGCCCAUUGCCAGAGAAGGAGUACCAGCGCCAGGUGUGGCUCCUCUUUGAGUAUCCUGAGAGCUCUGGGCCUGCACGGGUCAUUGCGAUUGUCUCAGUCAUGGUAAUCCUGAUCUCUAUAGUUAUUUUCUGCCUGGAGACCCUGCCUGAGCUAAAAGAAGAAAGGGAAUUCAGCACCUUUCAACCAAGUGACAACACCACAAUCUACUACAAAUCUAACAUUUUCACAGAUCCCUUCUUCAUCGUGGAAACAUUAUGCAUCAUCUGGUUUUCCUUUGAGCUCGUGGUACGCUUCUUUGCCUGUCCCAGCAAAACAGAUUUCUUCAAGAACAUCAUGAAUUUCAUUGACAUCGUGGCCAUCAUCCCCUACUUCAUUACCCUGGGCACUGAAAUGGCAGAGCAGGAGGGCAACCAGAAGGGUGAGCAGGCUACUUCACUGGCCAUCUUAAGAGUCAUCCGAUUGGUAAGGGUCUUUAGAAUCUUCAAACUGUCCCGCCAUUCCAAGGGUCUCCAGAUCCUAGGUCAGACUCUCAAGGCUAGCAUGAGAGAGCUAGGUUUGCUCAUCUUUUUCCUUUUCAUUGGGGUUAUCUUGUUUUCUAGUGCUGUAUACUUUGCAGAGGCAGAAGACGCUGAGUCUCACUUCUCAAGCAUCCCCGACGCUUUCUGGUGGGCUGUGGUGUCCAUGACCACUGUAGGAUACGGUGACAUGUACCCUGUGACAAUUGGAGGCAAGAUCGUGGGCUCCUUGUGUGCCAUCGCUGGUGUGCUGACAAUUGCCCUGCCUGUACCUGUCAUUGUGUCCAAUUUCAACUAUUUCUACCACCGAGAAACUGAAGGGGAAGAGCAGGCUCAGUUGCUCCAUGUUAGUUCCCCUAACUUAGCCUCUGAUAGCGACCUGAGUCGCCGUAGCUCCUCUACUAUCAGCAAAUCUGAAUACAUGGAAAUUGAAGAGGAUAUGAAUAAUAGUAUAGCCCACUAUAGACAGGCUAAUAUCAGAACUGGCAACUGCACUACAGCUAACCAAAACUGUGUUAACAAGAGCAAGCUCCUGACGGAUGUUUAAAAAAAAAUUAAAAACAUAACACACACACACACAUAUACACACACAAAUUCCACUUAGCAACUUGAAAGACUUAACAGAAAAAAAAAAACACACCUCAAACAACAAUAAUAACAAAAAAACCUAGUGACCUGUGUCACACUCUGUAGAUACUUUACUAAAUAGUCUUUGAAUGCUCUAUUGACCUGUAAAUGCAUUCUUGCAUUGCAGAUUUUUUGGCUCCGCGAACCAGAAGCUUUCAGGAUCCAUAAAAAUACUAUUUUCAUUUUAUUUUAAAAAGUGAAAGAAAAAGAAAGGGUAUUUUCCAUAACUGGUAAAAAAAAAUGAACAGUCUUUGAACUAGCCUAGGUAAAAUAAGACUCAUAUGCUUCUCUAUAUUGAAAUGUUUUUCAUCCCUCUGCUUAACUUAAUUUUAAAGAAAUAUUUAAAAACAGAUGAUCACUUAGAAAUAUAAAAAUGAAAUAUGCAUGGGACUCCAAUUAAAAAUCUCUGCAAAAUGCACACUGACAGUGUAUCAAAGAAAGUGCAUCAGCUAUUUAUACAUAUAAGACAUAUGUAUAAAUGAAUUGACCAAAAAGCAUAGUGAAUAUUGGCCGUUUUUAUUUGAAUCAGCUGAAGUGUAUCUAUCCUCUUGAAAAAUCAAUAAGUCAUGAAUGGGCCCUAUAGCACCUUAUAAGUAUAAUAUUGGGCCUGAUCUCUAAUGAUCUCCCUCUUUGCCCAUUCUCCUUCUUACUCAAGCCAAGAUUUUUUUUUUUAGGAAAAAAAAUCAAUUCAGACAUCUGCAAUGCUGCUAAGUUUUCUUAACUGCAGAUGAACUACAUAUAAGGUUUUUUUUCUUCCCCUGUUAGAGCUCCUUGUCCCUUCACUUAAAAGAACCGGAUGCAAAACUUUUGUCCCCCCUCCCCACCUUUGUUGCAAGAGAACAAAUGGAGUUUACUGUAAGCAUGUUUGAAUUUGACACUAUUUAUUUUAUAAUCGCAUGCGGGGAUCAUUACCUCAAACAAUAAGGGAUAAGCUAUCUUUUGAACUAUUCUAAAAAUAGGCCCUUUUUCAUUUUCAUUCACCAAAAGUGCACUCCUUAAUUUAUUACCUGUUUUAUUAGUAAUUUAAAGCACUGUAUUUAAGUGCAUAUGUUAGUCAAAUGGGAACAAUACUUUUUUUGGAGCUCAAAGCAUGUUCUAUUAUUCCGCAUCAUGGCCUAUUUGACUAAGGUGUAACUUGAAUUCAUUAAUGCAUGAUUUCAGUAAGAAAAAAAAUAAAUAAAAAAAAGUUUAUGAUAAGAAGGGCCCAAACAAAGUGAAGGGAGAGGAGGACUCAGUGAAUUUUCCUGCCUUUGCUCAGGGAAAUGUUUGGUUUCUGUCCAGGAAUUAUCAGAAAGAGGAUAAAAUAUUCCCAUCCCUUAAAGGGAAAGUAUAUGGAAAAAAUAAAAAGCUAUCAAGUUAUAUAUAGCAACACCUAAGAAACAAUAUCCUCUAUAGCUAAAGACAAAAACAAACAAACAAAACAAAAAAUGGUGCAAUACUGCAUGCUUUUUGGUGCAUUCUUAGAAUGUAAAUGAAACUCUUUAUCUAAUGUGCGCAUCCAAAUUAGAGAUGAUUUCUUUUUGCAGUUAUGAUUUGAAGUCUUUAGAGACUUUGGUACUCCCUUUGAGAACUUACUGAAGAAAAUCAAUUUAUUUAAAUAGUUGCUUAGUGCCUUUAUCCUGCACCCACUGAAUUGCAGAAAGUGCCUCCAUUAAAACAGCUGCAAAGUUAAAGAGGGGUAAGAGGGGAGGAGCUGGGGCAUCUUUUUUUUUUUAUUUUUCCACCUUCACCACCUUCCCUCCUUCACUGUUCACUCCCUCCUCCCCACCUCCACUAAUAUGAGAAGAUCACACCAUACUGACCCCUGGAAAGAGAAGACAACAGGGACAAUGAUGUACGGCGUCAUCAAUGAGCUUGUUUCCCUUUGGUAGUCUGAUGUUGACAGUGACCUGAGGCCUGAGACCCAGCUUCAGAAUGAACAUGGACAACGGACUCAAUCUCUCCUUCUUCUUCUUCCAAAAACAGAGAAAUGCUUUGGUAUUUGGACUCCUGCCAGAGUCCCUGUGAAGUUCUAGUGUCUCCUCAGAUCAUGUACAGGUACUUUGCUCUUCCAUGCCUCUCAUAUUCCCCUCCUACUCUUACUCCUCUGUUAUUCUGGAAUCCAGAAUAACUCAGUAAAAAACCUUAAUUUUCUAAUUAAAUUUUUUUUCUUUCUACCCUCUUUUUAUCUGUAUGUCCCCACCUCUGUUAACUGAAAACUUUACAACCCCUGCCCCAAUCACCAACCCCAGAGAGUGGUGGUCUGCUUAUGGACCAGCUAAAGGAAGGAAAUGCAUAGGUCCUUGGAGACAAACAGCUGUCACUUAACUGAGAGGCACUCACAAAUCUUUAAGGACACACAGGUGGGGAUGGAGCUUCAUUUGAAUUUAGCAUGAGGCUGCCUGCUGCUGACCACUUCCUUCUUCUCUCCUGCUUUGUAUAGGGAUCUCUCCCCUUCCUUUCUCCCUUCUGCCCUUCCCUCCUCUCUAGGCAGUACAGUAAGGCACUUAACACAAUAUAAUCGUGCACAAGGCUUACUUGCUGAGCUAAAGCAAAAUAAUUUAGACAUUUUCUUUGCUUGUUUGGCUUCUAUGAGCCUGAAGGAUGGAUACAAACAGACACACCCUAUGUGAAGAGAGACCAAAAGAACGUGACCUUCCUGUGAUAAUUGGAAGGCAUCUGAUUGUAGGAUGGGAAACCUCUCCAGAACGAGCCUGUGGUGCUUCCUUUCCACUCUCCCCCCUUACCCCAACAGCCAUUCAUCACUCUCCCCUCCCCUCUAAAACUCCCUGCUUAGGGGAGGAAAACAAGCCACCCUCAAAAACAACUACAAAACAACCAAGAAUGUUCCAAUCCUUCAUCUCCACUCAGAGGUCUAGAACGCACAACUUCCUGUGUUCAACUGCACUCAGUCAACAGCAAUAAUCCAUUCAGUGCUGUGGGAUGGAUGCUGAAAAGACCAGCCAAUAGGACCAAAGCAGAGGAGACUGACCGGCUACUAGGUGUCUCUAGUAGUUGGAAACCUUCACCUUAGCCUGUCCACUGGACUGAUGACUCUGUGAAUGUGUUAGAGGAGAAAGAGCUAUGUGGAUGGGUCUGUUGACCAGGGUUUGGGGUGAGUUCUAAAGAGUUUGGGGGUGGUAUGGGGAGUCUGGAUGUCCCUUGCCCAUUCUUAAUUCGUUUCCAGAAUUCAACAAGGAUGGCUUAAAGGAUUAUUUUGUGUAGUAUAGGCAUGCAAAGUUUGACAAAAGCUCUUAUUCCUUGCACUACAACAGGGCUGAAAUGUAUUUGUAGACCUGAAGGUGCACUUAACAAAGCUGCCUGUUAAGGAAUUGAAUUAAUACCCUUUGGCUUAUUUGUUUAUUUUUUGACUGGCUUUUGCCCUUUUCCUUUCCUUCCCCAGAGACUGAUAUGGCUCAUGUUCUGAAUACUGGUUUUCUCUAGGGAGAGAAAACUUCUGAAGGGCUGAUGUGCACAAAUCAGCCCUUCUAGAAUUUAGGGGCCCUAGUUUAAUAGGGUUAAAUGUUGGUCCCUGCCAGUGCUGUUAGCGUACCAAGAAGCUCUGAAAGGAGCUAACUUAACUCGAUAGAUUUGAAGUGACCAAAGAAAUUAAAUCACCUCUGUCCUCGAAUGUGUAGAAGACAGAUUAUAGCCAUAAACCUUUUGUUAUUUUUUUGACUUGCUGUGUCCCACCAAAAAAAAAGUUGAUGUUAUUAAAUCAGUCAUUCAGUUCCUUGGUAGUGGGUUAACCCAAUGAAACCAAGUUAAGCAGCAGCAGUUUCUUGAAGUUAUGGCUAAUGGACAAUCAUUUCCUUAAAAAAGGAGUUUGUAUAGACAGUUUAGUUCCCAUUACAGUAGAGCUGAAGCACAAAGGGAAAUUACUAUCCUAACUCACUUAGAAGUAAUAAUCAUCAGACAUUAAGUGAGGGAUGUGUUUCCUUAAGUAGAAUUUUCGUUCCAUUGUAGGAGAAAGGGCCUCUUUUAUUUCAUGUAUCACAUUCAGAUUUUCCAAAUAAGAGAAAACACAUCUGAAGGAGGCAGGAAAUAAAGGUCCUAUCCCAUGCCCCAUUUAUUGUGAGAGAUCUAGAAACAUAUACUCAUAAUUUUAACUUCUUGUUUGGUCAAUAGAUAACUCAGUUGGGCAAAACAGAAAGAAUGAAAGAAAGACUGAGCAGAAGGCAAUUCUUCUUUCUCUUCUAGGAAAGGCAUAUUCUUGGGAGUGGUGAGAAUUGGUGGGUGGUAACCAUCCAUUGUACAAUUUGUUAGGAAGAAUACAACUGCCAAACAAUCAGUCUGAACUUUUUAAAGCAGGAAACUAAAUCAUGAGGAGUUUGGUAUGUCAGGCCUGAUUUUUUAUUUUCAUAUGAAAGAUAAAUAAACAUGAAAUCAGGUAUAAUCUUUAUUGGUUGGUGGCAUCAGGAGGUAAAUCCCAUGUGCUGUUCAGACUAUUUUGCUCAUGUUUAUGUUAUAGAACUUUGAGAUAUAGGUACAAUUUUUCUUCCUCAUCACUCAGGCAAUCUACCAAGAAAGAAAUUUACACACUUCACUUUGCAAAGAAACAAGUGAUGUGUUAAUUAGCUACACCUCCUCAUCUACCUUGAAUGAGCUUCAGGGUUUAGGGUUUUGGUUUGAAACCCUAAAUCUUUACUUAAUAUAUAAGUAUUUGGGAUAAGAAACCAUCUCCUCACACAGGUGAAACUACUAUAGACUUUCCUGGGAGUGCCAGGACAUCCACCAGGAGUUCUUAAGGAAGUCCUCCCGCCACAAGACUGUUAGUUUGAGUGAUAUCAGCCCUAGUUGCAGGGUGACUUUAAUUGGGAGGCUGCUUGGGUUUUCCAAGACGCAGAACAGAAAGGGCAAAGAAUGAAGUUUUGUGUCCCACAGUUACAAAACCUCAAACCCUUGAAACAAUAAAUAAGGGAAGGGAAUUGGGAGAGGUGGGAAAGUUGGUGGGGGGAGGGGAUAAGAAGGGAUGAAAUCCCAUGUGUAAUAUGCCAGCUGAAAAGUUUUUCCUUUCCAUUAACAUGCAGAAGCACUUUUAUUCUCUAAUGCGCUGUUUGGAAAUCGUGUAUUCAACAGCUGCAGGUAGAUAAUAUGGGCUGUAUAUGACAUACCUCUGGUUUUAAAAAUAAAGUAUUAAUCACCAAGGUUAAAAUAGAAAAUGAAUAGUAUUAAUUUAAAGUGCACCAUCAGGGCAACAAACCAUUGAAGCUGACAAAGCAGUAUUUUGCUUCCUGAGUUUGCAAAUUGCUAACCUCAUUUUCAGGUUACUGCUCAUUUUCCCCUCUCCUCACAAAGCUCUUUGAUUUGUCAGAGGACAUUGAAUGUUAUGAGUUGAGAGCCUAACUGAAGUGCAUAGUUUUCAUCUAUGCAAUUUUCCUUGCUUCUGUCACUUUAUUAUCUGUUCAUACUUGGCAUCAAUUAAAGAUAAUUUUUAAGGAUCUUACCCUGGAACAUCUUGACUGAUUAUUUGUCUUUAGUCCAGUUUAUCUCUGUGGGAUAGGUAGCUCAAUAUGGACAGCGAUAGACCUUAUUCACUUACUGUUCACUGAUUGCUGGGGUCAGUACAGAAUCACGAAGCACCUGUGCUCCCUUGGAGAAAUUUGUAGUAUUUCUGUUGAGUGGUGAACGCCCUUGAGGUU